UUUCGAAUGGCGUCAUUUCCGUGGACGGCUGCGCGGUGUGAUGGCUCCGCGCGGCUUAUGAAGAAAUUAUCGUACAUAUUUGUGUUUAGAUAGCUAAAGUUUAUUGUUUUAAUACAAGAGUAUUAGUUUUUGGAGUAAGUUACACAAGAAAUGGGAAAGCCAGAAUUUAACGGAGGUCGUGGCGGCGGCGGUCGCGGAGGAUUCGGAGGUGGUCGUGGGGGAGGCGGUGGUCGUGGAGGAUUCGGAGGUGGUCGUGGCGGAGGCGGAGGCCGUGGUGGUUUUGGAGGCCGAGGGGGAGGCGGCGGUAGAGGAGGCUUUGGUGGACGAGGUGGCGGUGGCGGCCGUGGUGGAGGUCGUGGUCGAGGAGGCCCUGGUGGUGGCCGUGGUAGAGGCGGUGGUGGCUUCAAGGGAGGCAAACAAGUUAUUAUUGAACCACACAGACAUCCCGGAGUAUUCAUCGCAAGAGGUAAAGAAGAUGCUCUAGUAACAAAGAAUUUGGUGCCUGGAUCAGAAGUAUAUGGAGAGAAAAGAAUAUCAGUCGAGAACGAUGGAGAAAAGGUAGAAUACAGAGUAUGGAAUCCAUUCAGAUCAAAGUUAGCAGCAGCUAUUAUGGGUGGUGUGGAUGCCAUACACAUGCCACCUGGCUCCAGAGUUUUAUAUCUUGGUGCCGCCAGCGGUACCACUGUCAGUCACGUCUCUGAUGUUGUUGGACCGGAAGGAUUAGUAUAUGCAGUAGAAUUCUCACACAGAUCAGGCAGGGACCUGAUAAAUGUAGCCAAAAAGAGGACAAAUAUUAUCCCAAUUAUAGAGGAUGCCAGACAUCCACUGAAAUACAGAAUGCUCGUCGGCAUGGUCGACUGUAUAUUUGCUGAUGUUGCCCAACCCGACCAAGCUAGAAUAGUCAGUCUGAACGCCCAACACUUCUUGAAGAAUGGUGGACACUUUGUUAUUUCUAUUAAGGCCUCCUGCAUAGACUCUACAGCGCAACCUGAAGCAGUGUUCGCGGCAGAAGUAAAGAAAUUACAAGCAGACAAAUUAAAACCACAAGAACAGUUAACACUAGAGCCUUACGAAAGAGAUCACGCCGUUGUCGUCGGCAUCUUCAGGGCACCACCGAAGAAAGCUUAGACUUUAGUCCGUUUAAUAAAUUGACGCAAAUUUUAAUAUAAGAUUGUUCAAUAAGAAGUCUUGAAAUAAUCAUUUUGUAUUUACUGAGUCCAGUUUUCAUUUCGUCAUGUUAAAUGUUUUAAAACUUUAUGAAAGCUGUGAUAAUUCGCUCCUGAAUAUUUUGUAGCUAAAUAUCAAUGAUAAAAUGUAUUACAGUGUCACGAUUAAAGCUAACUGAAUGCCAACUGACCUCAUUCCUAAAUAAACACAAUUUUAAAGAUAUUUUUGUAUGAUAAGUUGAAAUGAGUAUUAGUUUGUAAGUUCACAUACGUGUGUAUAUUUAGAGUUAAGUUGUAUGAAAAUAUAUGAUGGUGCGAAUGACUAUAAU